CAUCGAUAACUUACUUCCAUCGCAAAAAAUUUACCUCAACAAUUUAAAUCACCUUCAUUUAAACAGUUCAUUAUAAUCAUUAUACACAUGACCAAAAUACAAUUUAGCAGAAGGUACACUUUUACAAAUUGUCAAAGAACAUAACACCCUUGGAACUGAACCUGGCGAUAUGCGGAGAACUGUGGCCCGACUGUCAAACUAAACUAAACAAAAAAAUAUAAAUAUACAUACAUAUAUAUAAUUUUUAGAAAUAAGCAUGGCAGGUCGUGGACGGGGUAAAACUGGUUCGCUCACUCAAGAACAACUCCAAACUUUAGGAUGCAUUGGAAAGGACAUUCCACAAGUGCAAACCGCACCUCCCCCAACAUUUCCACCGCUUAUGACCAAACCAGUAAAACUUGAGACUACAGCAGCACAAAAUUAUCAAAUACUGUGGAAGGAAGCGUAUCUUAACCACAUGCGCGAUUCACCUUAUUUCGUUACUCCAAAAAUUGCAAAUAUAAACCGUAAUUUGCAAAGCUACUCAGAUGAAUGGGCGAGUGCCGUUGAAAAUGCUAAAAGGAAAACUAAAGCCGAUUUUGUUUGGCAAAUGAUGCCCGCCGAACUACAUUCUACGCAGAAGAAACGGCGUAUUACAGGAAGUGAUAAAAUUGUUGCCAAAAAGUCGAAAAAUGUCGACGACCGUUUGAAAGUGCUAGAGGAAAAAGAGCGAAAUGAAGAUAACAAAGACGUUGCAAAAGCCUCGACAGAUUCAGAACAAGAGGAGGAGGAGGAAGAGGAAGCUCCUGCAGACGAGGAGAUGGACGACGAGAAUGAUUAUGGAAAUAGUUACUUUGAUAACGGUGAAGCUUAUAAUGAAGAAGAUGACAAUCUUGAUGAUGGACCUGUUUAUUAAAAAAAAAAAAUGAUUACUUCGAUUCUCCCUGCUUACUUGGUGUUGUUCGCCGACUAGCACACUUAAUCUGCAUAAAUAAAUUUUUUACAUUUCACAGA